UAGACACUGCGUACAAUGGCAUUGCAUGCUCACAAGUCACAAACCAUGGGCAACGCCAUGCUGCUGCUCCUGCCCUUGCUCUCCCUGAUCAUGUCCUCCGGCUCCCUGGCCCUGAACCAGGACUUCUGCGUCGGCGACCUGGCCCGCGGCGACACGCCGGCCGGCUACCCGUGCAAGCCCGAGGCCACCGUCACCGCCGAAGACUUCUGCUACCGCGGCCUAGUCACCACCGGCCCGACCGUCAACCCCUUCAACAUCGCCCUGUCCUCGGCCUUCUCCACUAGGUUUCCCGGCGUGAACGGGCUCGACAUCUCCGCCGCACGUGUCGACUUCUCCCCCGGCGGCAUCGUGCCGCUGCACUCCCACCCGAGCGGCACCGAGCUCAUCUACGUCGUUGAGGGGACCCUGUCCGCCGGAUUCAUCAGCUCUACAUCCAACAAGGUGUACACCAGCACGCUCCGCAAGGGCGACCUCAUGGUGUUCCCGCAGGGCCUCCUGCACUUCCAGAUCAACGACAACGGUGGCGGCGGCGACGGCAACAACGCGACGGCGGCCAUGGCGGUCUCCUUCUACAGCAGCUCCAACCCCGGCCUGCAGAUCAUGGACUUCGCGCUCUUCGCCAACAACCUCCCAACCGAUGUCCUGAGCAAGGUCACCGUGCUGGACGACCUGGAGAUCAGGAAGCUCAAGUCACUGUUUCGUGGGACCGGAUAAUCCAUCGGUUCUUAAUUUGGUCACCUCACGACCGGCAGGGCCGUCAACAUGAAUCGUCGUCGUCGUACGCCCGCCAUUGUGUGAUUCAAUAAAUGUACCAUCGUGUCUUUGUAAAUUCCAGCUUAAUUUGCAGUUUGACUCUUCCUUUGUCCCGGAACGUCCGACCCAAAAAUAAAUAAUUGACACGCAACUUCGAUUGAAAAUUGUCA